AUGGCACUAAUCUGCCACGAAUUUAGAGGCAAUCGGUACAGCUCCCCACUGCUCAGCUUCUGUGCUAUGCUCAGCGUCAAGCCGUAUACUAAGACGUGGAAAGAGCCGGGCAACUACAACAGCUGCUUGUCUGGUGUGAUCUGGGUUGUACAGCUGAUCAUCUUCCACGCUAGCGCCUGUCUAGAGAAGGCGGAGCUAGGUGAUACGCUCGAGCGCAUUGAGCAGUAUUGCGGGCAGUUCUUAAAGCAGGACACCGAGACUCCUAUGGGCGAGAUCCUCGGCUGGCGCUUACUGCUGUUUACUGUCUCGAAGGAGGUCGUUGGGCCGCACCAAACACAGUGGGAUGUGGACGAGAAGGUCCUGACCUACUGGGACGUUGAUUUGCAUAUGGAUCACGUGCCGCGGCUCUUACUCUCCGACUUCUAG